AAGCAGCCGCCAAACAACGGCGAAGUGGAAAACGUCCGGGUCAUAGUCCGCGUGAGGCCCUUAAAUGCCAAAGAACUCGAACAAAAAUGCAAAAACAUCAUAAAAGUCGACACUUUGGCCAAAACGGUGACCGUUACAAAGCCCAACGCCUCCGCCGGCGUCCAGCCUAAGACUUUCACCUUUGAUUGUGUCUUCGACGAGGACUCCAAACAGGCUGAAUUGUACGUGGAAAUUGCUCUACCUUUAAUAGACAAGGUGUUAGAAGGAUACAAUGGCACUAUCCUGGCGUAUGGACAAACUGGGACUGGUAAAACCUACACAAUGGCUGGCCUGCCCACAUCCCCCGAAUCUCGAGGAAUUAUACCGAAUACAUUUGCACAUAUUUUUGGACACAUUGCCAAAGCUGACGACAGAUACAAAUUUCUGGUUAGAGUCACCUACUUAGAAAUUUAUAAUGAGGAAGUCCGAGAUCUUUUAGGCAGAGACCCUACUAAAAGCUUAGAGGUCAAGGAACGACCUGAUAUAGGUGUUUUUGUGAAGAACCUAUCAGGAUAUGUGGUGCAUAAUGCUGACGAUUUGGAUAAAAUUAUGCAAUUGGGCAACAGAAAUCGAGCUAUAGGUGCUACAGCUAUGAAUGCUGAGAGUUCUAGGUCUCAUGCUAUAUUUUCGAUAACAGUAGAAUCUAGUGAAAUUGGGGAAGAUAGGCAGCAGAGGGUUAAAAUGGGCAAAUUGCAUCUUGUUGACUUGGCAGGUUCUGAAAGGCAAAGCAAAACAUUAUCAUCAGGCACAAGACUCAAGGAAGCAACUAAAAUCAAUUUAUCACUAUCAGUUCUUGGAAAUGUUAUAUCAGCCCUAGUCGAUGGUAAAUCUACUCACAUCCCCUAUAGAAACUCAAAAUUAACCAGGCUUUUACAAGACUCACUUGGUGGAAACUCAAAGACAGUCAUGUGUGCUAAUAUUGGUCCAGCCGAUAUAAACUUUGAUGAGACAAUAUCAACUUUACGUUAUGCCAAUCGAGCCAAGAAUAUUGAGAAUAGGGCUCAUGUCAACGAAGAACCAAAAGAUGCUCUUUUGAGACAUUUCCAAGAAGAAAUUGAGGAACUUAUGCGGCAGCUUGAGACUAAAGAUAAUAUACCUGAUAAUGAAUUAGCUAGUGCUUCUGAGGAAGAAAGUGAAGAAGGCUCUGAAGGAUCUGAGGAUGAAUUUGGGGGACACAAGAAACGACGGAAUAAACAGGAGGAUGAAAAAAUUGAUAACGAAAAAGACGAAGACGAUAGCCCCAUGAAAAAGUCCCAUGAGGUCGAACUAAACCAAACAAAGAGUGAGCAAGCGAUGUUAAGAGAAAAGCUAUCAAGUCUGCAGAAUAAAAUAUUGGUCGGUGGAGAAAAUUUGUUGGAAAAGGCACGAGAACAAGAAGCCCUGUUGGAAAGUUCAGCACAGGAAUUAGAAAGGCGAAAAGCUAGCGAGAAGUCUUUAAUAGAAAGUAUACAACUCAAAGAGGCUGAACGUUUAGACAUAUCAGAACGCUAUUCUACUCUCCAAGAAGAAUCUGCUGUUAAGACGAGACGUUUAGAAAGACUAAUAAAAACGUACCAGGUGUCCAGGACGGAUAUUGCAGAUCUACAGCAGGAAAACCAGCGGGAAAUGGAAGGAAUGUUGGAUAAUGUCAGAAGUCUCACCAGGGAAUUGCAAUUGACUGAUUUGAUAUUGGAUUCUUAUAUACCAAAAGAAUAUCAGAAAAUAAUUGAAAACUAUUCCCACUAUAAUGAAGACAUCGGUGAAUGGCAAUUGAGAGGUGUUGCAUUUACAGGAAACAAUAUGAAUAAGCAAUUAAUUAAUAAAACGACAACACACAAUAAAGAGCCUGAACCAAUGGAUCUGUCCCACGUUUAUCUUUCCUACAACACUCAAUCGUUGACAGAUCCUGUCAGGGUGAAGUCGAGUUCUCAGGCAAGAUCACAAUCGAGCAAGCAUAGAGUUUCUGGAGUACCCAGGCCCACAACGAAACGCCAAACGAGAACGACUUAAGAUUUUAAUUAAACAGUAUUAAAAGUGGCUUUUUAGAUUUUAAUGAUAUUUUAAACAAAUACAUAAUAUAUUCCCUAUAUAUAUAAACAGAUAGAUAGAAACGCU